CAACUUCUCCCCGGCCCUCUAUGAGUUUGUCACCAAGCAGAUGAAGAGAAACCUCAUCUUGGUACUGAAUAAGAUUGAUCUGGCCCCACCAGCCUUGGUGGUGGCCUGGAAGUAUUAUUUCAAGAGUCGGUUCCCUGAGAUCCACGUGAUCUGUUUCACUUCUUACCCACAGCAAGACCAAGAUCCCAGUGCAGUAUUCAAAAAACGCCGGAAGCGUCGAAAGGGCUGGAGCACAGCUAUGGGGCCCAAUCAGCUCCUGAGCUCCUGCGAGACUAUCACAGCGGGCAAAGUGGACUUGAGUAGCUGGAAAGAGAAGAUUGAGCGGGAUGCUGCCGGUGCUGGCCUGUUGCUGGAUGACUCUGAGGAAGAUGAGGAGGAUGACCGAAGUAUGACCGUGCUGGUGGAGCAUCAGACAGAUGUAGCUAUGGAGGGCGGUGGAAUUUCCCAGGAACUCUACAAAGACGGAAUCUUGACAGUCGGCUGCGUAGGCUUUCCCAAUGUCGGCAAGUCCUCCCUUAUUAAUGGGCUGGUAGGCCGCAAAGUGGUGAGCGUCUCCCGCACUCCCGGUCAUACUAAGUACUUCCAGACCUACUUCCUUACACCCACGGUCAAGUUGUGCGAUUGUCCAGGGCUCAUCUUCCCGUCUCUUGUUGACAGGAAACAGCAGAUAUUGGCUGGUAUCUACCCUAUUUCCCAGAUCCAGGAGCCCUAUACUUCUGUGGGGUUCUUGGCUAGCCGGAUUCCGGUGCAGGCCUUGCUCAAGCUGCGGCAUCCUGACGCCGAACACGGCAAGCCUGAACCCCCUUGGUGUGCCUGGGAUGUAUGUGAAGCCUGGGCUGAGAAACGAGGUUACAAGACAGCCAAAGGAGCCCGGAAUGAUGUUUACCGAGCAGCCAACAGUCUUCUACGCCUCGCAGUCGACGGGCGGCUCUGUGUCUGUAUGCGAUCUCCAGGCUACACGUCACAGAAAG